AUGGCACGUAGGGAGAGAAAAACGGUGUCGUCUGGGAGUUGUAGUGGUUUUCACGCGCUACCGGAGGCAUGUAUAGCCAACGCGCUGUCGUUGACGAGCCCGAAGGACGCAUGCCGACUGUCGUCUGUAUCCUCCAUGUUCAGUUCAGCUGCUGGAUCCGAUGCGGUUUGGGAGCGGUUUUUGCCUUCUGAUUAUCGCGAUAUUAUCUCCCGCUCAAUUGACGGUGCUGAUUCGAUUCUCUCUGAAUUUCGCUCUAAGAAAGAGCUCUAUUUCCACCUCUGUCAAGUCCCUAUCCUCAUCGAUAGUGGCACCAAGAGCUUUUUAUUGGACAAAGAGACGGGAAAGAAGUGCUUUAUGCUGGCUGCAAGGGAUCUCUUUAUUGAGGGGGGUGAUACUCCUGAAUAUUGGGAAUGGAUCUCUUUUACUGAGUCCAGAUUCCCUGAGGUGGCAAAGCUCAAUAGGAUUCGUAGGUUUGAAGUUCGUGGCAAGAUAAAUGCUAGCAUGCUAUCUUCAGGAACAAAAUAUUCAGCUUACAUUAUUUACACUUGGAACUCAAGAUUUCAAGGAUUUGAUUAUGAACCUGCUGAGUCUUUGGUGGGAAUUAGUGGGCAUGAUGGUAAAAAACGAACUGUUUGUUUAGAUCCAAGAGGAGCAGGGUACAGGAAUUUGCCUUUUAAUCAUCGCAAUCCUCCUGGAUAUAGAUGGCGGCAUGGCAAUGUGCCCAUAGAUCACAAUACCGAGUACCCCAAGUCGAGGGCAGAUGGAUGGAUGGAAGUUGAGUUGGGGGUGUUUUUUGUUGAGGGAAAAGAAGAUUCGGAUGUGGAAAUAAGUUUGAUGGAGGUGAAGGGUGGAAACUGGAAGAAUGGUCUCAUUAUUCAAGGGAUUGAGAUCAGACCAAAAGCUGGGUGCUGGCAGUGGAGACAAGUGAAAGGUAAUGCUCUAGCGGUGGUGGCAGUUGCCCCUGGAGGCAGAGAUGGGGCCGGAUCUGAUGGAUGCCUUCUGGCAGCGGCAAUCUGA